CUCCUGCGUUAGCCAAAUCUUACUCGGGGAUUUGCUGCCUUAAAGAGGGGAGGGGAGCGAAGGUUCCUCUUCAUCCGCGGCCGGAAGCGCUGGGCACGCUCUCUGGAGCCGGGGGUGACCGGUUCGCUCAGUCCGCCCCCAUCCCCCUUCAGAUUGCCCCGAGGCAACCCCGGGCGUUGCUCCUUGCCGUGCACGCUGCAGAGAGCCUCCGGAGCGGCAGCAGGCACCGGAGCCGAGAUGUCGGGAGAGGCAGUCCAGAGCCUGGGAAAAGGCAGCGUCCAGCCUGGCCCCGUCCCGCUGGGAGUCAUCCGGUUGUACAGCAUGAGAUUCUGCCCCUUCGCGCAGAGAACCCGGCUCAUCCUGAAGGCCAAAGGCAUCAAGCAUGAGGUCAUCAAUAUUAAUUUGAAAAAUAAGCCUGAAUGGUACUUUAAGAAACACCCCCUUGGUCUAGUACCAGUUCUGGAGACUAGUAAGGGUCAGCUGAUACAUGAGUCUUCCAUCACUUGUGAAUAUCUAGAUGAAGUUUAUCCAGGAAAGAAGCUGUUUCCAGAAGAUCCAUAUGAGAAAGCUUUACAAAAGAUGAUUUUGGAGUCAUUUUCUAAGAUACCAUCUUUGACUAAGGAUGCUCUUAUAGCAGUACGAAAUGGGGAAGACUGUACCAAUCAGAAAGCAGAACUCCGUAAGGAAUUCAGCAAACUGGAGGAGAUCCUUUGCCGGCAGAAGACAACUUUCCUGGGUGGAAACUCUGUGUCUAUGAUUGAUUACCUCAUCUGGCCAUGGUUUGAACGGUUGGAAUCAUAUGAGAUAGCUGACUGUGUGGAACACACUCCUGCUUUAAAGCUGUGGAUCGAUGCCAUGAAGAAGGACCCCACAGUUGAAUCUCUUCUCACUGAUUUGAAGACAUAUAAAGGCUUCUUUGAGCUCUACUUUCAGAAUAAUCCUGAUGCCUUUGACUAUGGGCUGUGAGAUGGUGUUUUGGAACACCAACUUUAGAAUCUCCUACUUCACCAUUGGAAAUUUCCAACAUAUCCUCAUAGCAGAAUAAUACUGUUUGAGCUUGUCAAAGGGCUAAUAAUCCUUAUUUUCCAAGAAGCUCUCAAUAAAGAUUUUCAAAUGUCCUAAAUGAAAGGAAACUAUUUUCUCCCCAUCCACUGGUCUCUAGCUUUUUGUUGGAAAGAUUUACCACUUUAUAUGAUCUUGGAAAAUGCCAAGUAUUGAACCCUUUAAGCAGAGAAAGCUUGAAACUUCUCUCCUUGAUAUGUAUAACUCUGAUUUCUCCCCAUCAUAUUUGUGCUAAUCUUGUAUUUGAGGUUGAGAACCUUGGUGUGGGUCAUUAUACAUUAGACACUGAUAAAGGUGCCACUGAUGAGAGAAGAUUAAAGAGAGGAAAGAGGAAGUACUCACUUGUAGGCUUAUUGUGCAAAAGAUGUCUGUUCAUAUCCAUAUAGGUAUAUGUAUUGUGUUAUCCUUUUCAAAUAGCUUAUGGACCUUGGAGGCAGUGCAGAGUUCUAAUGUCGAGAAAAAACCCAAGUAAAAGUGACAUGUUACUUUAUGUUGCUGAACAAAACAAGUCCAUAUUUCAUUUGUGUUGUCAGGGACCAGGAUAUCUGCAUUAAAAUAUGCUUUAACAGACUUCCUGACUGAAAAUAUAAAUAUGAAGCACAUUCCAAAUGUGGUCCUAGGCAAAGGUCACUCGAAUGAACUUAUUAACCCUUGAUAAAAUAAAUAAGACCUUCUUCAGCAGGA